AUGGGCAUUGUCGACUAUUUCAGUCGACCGGGUGGUCGUCAGGCACAUGGUGGAGAUGAAACACCCACCAUAGAAGCCCCCAAAGUAGUGGAGCCUACUGUCAUCUCUAGUCCGGAGUCUUCUGGCGCUGUUACACCUGCCCACAUGCUCCCAUCCCCAGCUGGUAGUGAAGAUCCUCUUAUUUUUGAGAAGAUCCCGCAUCAGUUUGGCCGCCUGGGUUCUUGGAAAGGGUCUUUGAUCUUGCUGGUGACCUCUGGCUCUCAGUUUCUCGACAAUGUUUUCAUGACAAGUGCCAACAUUGCUCUAUCAUCAAUCCAGAAAGAUUUCAACGUGUCUAGUACAGACUUGCAAUGGAUGAUUUCUGCAUACACCUUGUCAUUCGGUGGCUUCCUUUUGCUAGCCGGUGCUUUGUCUGAUCGCUAUGGACGAAAGAAGAUUCUCUGUCUGGGUCUUGCUUGGCUUUCUGUGUGGACCAUGGCCGUUGGAUUUGGGCAGUCAUUUAUUCAACUUACGGUGUUCCGUGGCAUUCAAGGUAUUGGAGCUGCACUAACUGUGCCAUCUGCUAUUGGAAUUAUUAGCUCCUACUUCAGUGGUGUUGAUCGCACCCGCGCUCUGUCAAUCUAUGGAGCAUCGGGGACCCUGGGAUUCUGUACCGGUCUCAUCUUUGGUGGCUUCCUAACCUCCUCACUGGGCUGGAGAUAUAUCUUCUAUCUGAUUGUCAUCAUUACUGGGUCUUUGGGUAUCUUGGGCUUUAUCGUUCUCCCAAGCGACGUUCCUUCUGAAAAGAAGCACGAGAGAAUGGACUACAUUGGCGCCGUGAUGUCUACAGCUGGUUUGAUCCUUCUUCAAUUCGUCCUAUCAAGUGGUGGAACUUACGGCUGGGACCAGCCGUUGAUUCUUGUGCUGCUGAUCGUGGCGGUUGGUCUUCUCGUUGGAUUCGCAAUCUUUGAGAAAUAUGUCACCAACCCAAUCAUGCCACUUUCUUUGUGGAAGAUUCGCAAUUUCGCCGGUCUAUGGCUGAUUGGUUUCACUGGCUAUGGCACCUACCAAAACGUCAUUUUUUAUAUCGUCCUUGUGGCACAGGAAGUGGACAAGCUUUCAGCUGGCGACACGGCCCUUCGAUUCUUGCCUAUGGGGGCUAUAGGCUUCAUUGUUUCCCUUGGAACAGGAAAGCUUCUCGAAUUUAUGAAUGGAAAGCACCUCCUCAUUGCUGGACUCGUUCUGGCCGUGGUAGCCCCCGUCUCGAGUGCAUUGACUUCCAAUCCUGAAGCAGGGUUUUGGCUUAAUGUGCUUCCCACAUCCCUUAUCAGUAUCUCAUCCGUGUCUUUUAUUUUCGUCACGACAAGCACUGUGGUACUCACAAGUGUACCGGUCGAAGUCAAGAGUCUUGCUGGCGGAAUGCUCAACACUGCAUUCCAAAUCGGAUCUGGUGUUGCAUUGGCUAUCUCAGCCGCUGUUACCGAUGCUGUCGACAUCCAGCAAGGACACAGUCUCGCAGAGCAAUACGCUACUGGUCUCUGGUGUUCUGUCGGGUUAGCCGGGCUUGGGCUGAUCAUCGGCCUGUUUGCGGUUCGGCACAAAGGCAUUGGACCUAAAGAUAGACUGAGUGGCCCAGUUGCUAUCUAA